UAAAUGUAAGGAGGCAAAGGAGAAGGCCAGAGAGCAGUUGCAGGAAGUUGCGGCUAUAAGCCUUACCUCUGACAUGUGGACAUCGUUCAACAUGGAUGCCUUCCUUGCAGUAACUUGCCAUUUUAUAGAUGACAAUGACAAGCUCUGCACUAUUUUACUAGGUGUAGAGCAUUUCCCCAAGAGCCAGACUGCUCAGAACUUGGCUACUGGACAUAUCAAGCUCAUGGAGGAGUGGGGCAUAAAGGAUUAACUGACCAGGUUAACUGAUGCUGCACCCAAUAUGAUAGCAAGUGUACGAUCAUUGAAUGUUAGACAUGCGAUUUGCUUUGCACAUGCUCUAAACCUUAUUGUGAGGAAAUCUUUUGAUGACAUCCGUAGCUUCAAUGACAUUAGAUCCAAAUGUAGGAAACUUGUGACCUAUUUUCGAACCAGCACUACAGCAAAAGAGGGAUUGGCCCAAGUACAAGAGCAGAUGGGGAGACCAGUUCUGAAAAUGAUCAUUGAAGUGGACACUCGCUGGAACAGCACUUACAACAUGCUGGAACGUGUGUAUCAGCUGAGAGAGCCAGUGGGGGCAGCCCUGGCCUCUCUAAAGACCGACAUCACUCCUCCAACAGCCCUAGAGUAUGAGGCAGUCCAGGAUGCUUUAGAUGUUCUUGCCCCUUUCCGCCAGGCUACAGUAGAGCUCUCAGGAGAGAAAAGGGUGUCUGCCUCCAAAGUGAUACCUCUGAUGAAAAUGCUUAAUCAUGCUGUAACAAGUAAGCUAGAAGGCCUUAAGUCCAACUUAACAAGGCAGCUGGCUGAAAGCCUUGGACGGAGGGUCAGGGAAACACACAGUUCUUUUGGAAUCAAUAAGUGUGAUGACAUACCCACGUUAUUGGAUCCCAGAUUCAAAAAACUUGGAUUCUUGAGUCAAGGGACACUGCAAGGAGCUAUAUCAAGAUUAAAAUCGGAAUGCGCUACUGUGAUCAGAAGUUGUGGUCUCCAUUCGUCUUCCUCCAUCUCACCCCCAGUUCAGCUGCCAGCCUCUUCAGAAGCAGGUCAAUCUUCAAACAGUGACCUUUGGCAUCUGCUGGAAAGCACGGUGGAUCACAGUAGAAUGAGUUCAAGUGCAACAGCAGAUGCUACUGCAGAAGUGGACCAAUAUUUAUCCGAAGUGAAUCUCAGAAGAUCUGAGGAUCCACUAGUAUAUUGGGCUUAACAUAAACAAAUAUAUCCUCAUUUAUACCAGCUGGCACUGACAUUCCUCUGUUCCAAGCGAAAGGAUCUUUUCGAGGGCUGGAGAGGUUCUGUCCAAAAGGAGGAAUCGUCUAAGCCCCAACACACUUGAAAAAAAUCUGUUCCUCAAUAAAAAUCAUGUGUGAUCCUUUCUUCA